CAUUUGUGACACGCUGGUGUGGCCACGGACUACAUCACGUGGUCUCUUACACUAUAAAUUCAAAGCUAUCAUCUAAGUCAAAUCAGUGACCACAUCACACAGGGAAAGUUUAGUUACACAUUGGCUUUGGGUGGACACAGUAACACAUUACCAGAGAAGUAAGUUGAGUUCUUGCAAAUAGUAGCAAUUACUAGAGCGUUAUGGUGAACAUAUUGUUCCAUGCAAAUUCGGUUAAUAUAAAAUUGAUUUCUUUCAUGAGUCCCAGUGGUUGAAUAAUGACAAACAAAGACAAUAUUGUGCCAUAGCUAACGGAUUUUUUAUAUUUAUAUAGAUGGACGAGUGUUUAUAUCAGAACAUAUCUAAGUCAUUAGGACAUCAGUACGUUGUAGUAGAGCCUGUAUAAGUGGCUUGAACUGACCAAAGGCCGAAGCAUAAAAUAGCCAUGGUUUGUCUCGUAAGCGUAGUCUUUGCUUGUCUCGUAAGCGUAGUCUUUGCUUGUCUCGUAAGCGUAGUCUUUGCUUGUCUCGUAAGCGUAGUCUUUGCUUGUCUCGUAAGCGUAGUCUUGGUUCGUCAAGUUUUAUGACUUUUUUUCACUGCAUUUGAACAUGUGCUAUUUUGUCUUUGACUGACAUAGUAAGUACUACACUUUGUUCAUACAGAAUCAGAAAUGGUGCCCCGUAACGAUACACGUGUAUUAAGUGCGCAAGCGUUUAACAAAGGGAAAGAAAAACCUAACAUUAACAUACAAUUAGGCAUGUCAGCUGAUUGGUUAAUUAUAACUAAAUGGCAAAGGGGUGGUUGGGGGUUAAAAUAGGAUUUCAGCCCAAUAAUUUUGUUUGAUGUGCGGUACAACUCGUCGCCAGUGGCGUAGGAAGGGGGGUGCGUAUAUAUACACAUAUAUAUACUAUUGCCUACUAUUUCAACCCAAAAUUGUUAACGUAUUUGUUUUAUUAAUGCUAUUAUGAAUUUUUAAUUGUCAGAAAUGUCAUGGCAAAGACUUGACGAGAGCCGCUUCCUAUUUAAAGUGAUCCUUGUGGGAAACUGUUCUGUGGGCAAGUCGUGUAUGAUACUCAGGGCCACGGAUGACUUUUUCAAUGAGAGGUCUUUGCCUUUCGUCACAUAUGAAUUCAGGUAAUGAGACAACAGGUGUGAUCAACUGAUGCUAUGAUUACAUUACACCUAUGUAAGUAAGGGGGUGAGUUAAUGUGACUAGUUGUGGUGAGGUUAUUUAGAUCUAUGUUUUAAAGGAAGUGGACAUUUUUUAAAAUCAAUUCCGUGAAAUAUUUAGUAUCUGAUUAUUGGUUCACCGGAAAACGUUAUCUCUGUAGAUCAAUAAGUAUUCAGUCAUACCUCUACAGAACCAAAACUGUUGAUGUCUCAGGAGUGACGGCCAAAAUUAUGUUGUGGGACACGCAUGGCGAAGAGAGAUUUAGAAUCCUAAAGCCCAGCUACUGUAGGGGCGCCGAUGGUGUGCUGCUUGUUUUUGACAUCACGAACAGAAAGAGUUUCACCGAUCUCGAUGCCUGGCUAGACAAGGUACGAGUCUACCUUUCCGAGCACACCCUCGCGCUGUUGGUUGGCAACAAGCUGGACAUGGCCGACAGUCGGGUGGUCUCAGAAGUGGAAGCUCGUCAGUUUGCCGAGAGUGCAGGCUUGAGGUACAUUGAGACCAGUGUCAAAGAUUCCACCAACGUAAAGGACAUGAUCACGUCCGUAGCCCAGGAGUUGGUUGAGCGCAGGAAACAGAACUUGCAACAACAGCUUGACCGCGACAACAUGGUGCACUUGGCCAACACCAGGGGAUACUACAGCGAGGGAUUAUGUUUUGGUGCCAAUACAUGUGCCACAAUUUAGUACCUGAGGCGGCUACUUGCCAUAAGGACAUCAUAAAUGUACGAUAUACAUGUUUUAUUUGGACCUAACUAUAAAUUCAAGGUCAUAUUGUGUUUAAGUUAUCAGGAACACUGCACUUUCAGGGGCACUGUACACUUUCAGACACACAGGUAACAUUCAGAGAAAACCAACCUCAACAGGAUCACAGUAAUCUAUAGGAGCACCUCACCGUCCAGGGACACCGUAGUCUUCAGGCACAAUGAGGGUCACCAUGUACCCUAGGGUCGCUGCACUUUCCAGGGACUAUGUACCCUUUCGGGUUAGGGAACUUUGCGUGAGAUUGCCCAAUGUCCAAUACAGGCUCUACUGUAACAUUUCCUAAAAUCAUAUGUAUGUUCUGAUAGUGGUAGUGACACCCUAUAUCACUUCCACUGAUGCCUUAUAACUUAUAAACCCAUAUGUUUCAUAAGGCUUCGGGGACCGUUUCAGAGAUGUUUAAAUGUGUCCAAUAUUUCAUUUCAUAUAUCAAUCAUAUUUAUUUAUGAUUUUUUAAUAUUAUUAUUAUUCUCAACUCAACUCUAACUACACGCUAAUCGUACUUUGACAUUAAUGGUAAUAUUAAGCUCAACUCUAACUAAACUCUAUUCUUACUCUCGGGUUAUUGAUAUUUCACCUUUUUGGUGUAUUCACCAGAGCAGAUGUUAACUAUCAAUAAAGACACAUACAAGUCUCAUUUUCAUUUAUUUGUUGCGUGCGUCUUUUAUUAAUUUGAAAAGGUCUACGAGAAAACAUAAGAAUGAUUGAAAAUA